AUGACUACAUUGGCUCAUAAAAAACCUAGACGCAAAAAUAUUCAACAUAGUGAUCCCGGAAAAAUUUUGGAUUUAGUGAUGAGCUUGACUGAUGAUACAUGUAGCGAAAUACAGAUAAAAAUCAAUACUUACUUAACCGAAGAAUGUGAAGCGGAAUUAGUAGUGCCAGUGAUAGUACAUCGCGAACGUAAGGAAGCGUUUGUAGAAGUUGUAGGAAUAGCAGCUUUACAGCGAAAGAUGAAAAUUCACUUAUCUUCAAAGCUUUUAGACACGUUAAAAACUAAUGUUGAACAAACGGAUCUUCUGUCUAACUUUGGGGAGGAUUUCCAGAGUAUUCUUAUUCCCCAUUUAGGAAAAGACAUCAUAAAGAAGCGUCUGGUUCUGUUUGCCGUCAUCGACGUUCCAUUUUCCGUAAUUUUCUGUAUAGUGGCACCGAAAACAGAAGAAAGCAGCGUUCCAGUCAUAAUUUACGAAUGUGGACUAUUCGUCUGGCCAACGUUGAAGAAGACGAUUGCUUUGGAGUACGAAAAUACUUUGAAAGUAAAAUGCCAACAACUGUUGCGCGUCGCCAAAAGACUAUUUACUCAAGUAGCAUCGUUAGAUACCUUGCUAAAAAUUGCAAUGGGUCAAGCAAAACAAUUGACAAAGGCUGAACAAUGCAUCGUGUGGCUAGUUGAUGUCGAUAACAUGCAGCUGUACGAGUCCUGCUCCACUUAUAAGGAUGAAUCUUCAGGCCGCCGAUUUCCACUGGGCAUGGGCAUCGCAGGCGAGGUGAUCAAGACUGGGGCGUUGAUCAACACUCGAGUGCCACAGGAACAUCCCGCUUAUAAUCCCGUAAUUGAUGGAAUACCAAAUCUUGAGUGCAGAAAUCUCCUGUGUUUUCCAAUACGUGAGCAGACGGGAAUCAUUGGUGUGGGCCAACUGAUAAACAAGAUAACGGACCCUUAUUUUGACGGCAUGGAUGAGGAGAUGGCACUGGCUUUCAGCAUCUACUGCGGUGUCUGCAUCUUACACUCCGUGGUCUACCAGAAGAUUCAGGAAGCUCACAUUAGGAACGCUCUGGCUAACGAACUUAUUAUGUACCACAUGAAGGUUAGUUGGCAAACUGAAACAGCAAGAAUCGGAUGUUUUUCGUCUUUUUGACUCGUAACGCUAUUGAAAGACUUCUUAAUCUAC